AUGGCAACACUGUCAGGUCUUACAAUGCAAGAACUAGAGACACUCUCGUCCAAGGCCAUCGCUGCAAAGGCCAAUGCUUAUUGUCCAUAUUCCAAAUUCCGCGUUGGCGCAUGUGUUCUCACUAAGACAGGCGAGUAUAUUGCUGGUGCCAAUGUCGAGAAUGUCGCAUAUCCUGUUGGGACCUGUGCGGAAAGGGUAGCUUUUGGUACCGCGGUCGCCGCCGGACACCAAGACUUCAAGGCUGUUGCAGUCGCUACUGAUAUCACACCUGGCGCAUCGCCAUGUGGUAUGUGCAGGCAAUUCAUGCGCGAAUUUACACCCCCAUCGUUUCCUGUUUUCAUGUAUGACGGGCAGGGAAACUAUGCUGUGAGGACAAUGGGAGAGCUUCUGCCAGACUCAUUCGGACCAGAUGACUUGCCUCGCUAGGCCUGUGGGACUUGCCAAGCAAUGCAUAUCAGUCAGAUAUCUAGAUGCAUUUUUGUCUCCCAUGAAUGGGGCUCAUGGCAAUGGUCUGACAUAACUAAACCUUCAUUCAAAAUACAAAUAUUGGGUUGGGUCUCAUUACGCGAAGGCAUUCGCCGCACCAUACAAAUUAAUCAACAAUGAUCAGCAGCCUAUAUCAUAGCACUGAGAAACUCCCAGACAAGACCUUCAAUAGAAUACAG